AUGUGGAAUAGUAGUAAAUGUCAUAGUCGAAGAUGGCUAGUCACGGACACAAGGCAAUCGGACAUAGGAAGCAGCGAAGACAGGCACACGCUGUCCAUGCGGGCGGAGAAGCAGUCACAGUCAUCACAGUCAACAGCGACGUCAGCGCUGCAACAACAGCAGCACACUAAACGCAAAUGCCGGCAAUUAUGCAACCACACCAAUAUGGUGCAUAGUACAGUGAAGGGGCAACAUCAGCCACAGUUGCUACACUUGCCAAUCAGUGUUCUCACAUCAGAUACAACAGCAUCGAAGUGUAGGCGGCGAUGGCGACGGCCGCGGCCACAUUCGAGAACGGCUACUAUGAUGCAGUUCGUGACGCUGUGGUUCUCAUCCAUUUCCUCACUAGCGCCGCUGAAGCGCACACGAGUCAACGCUUGCCUUAACCAAAUAAUAGAAGUAUUACUAGCCUUACUAUUAGCCAAUUGCCUUAUGCAGCUGUUAGGACAAUUGCCCGUAGCUACGGCCGCAUUCGGUGCGCCACUAGCGGGCGACACGCUCGCGGAUGCGUAUAAUUUUUACACGAGUAGCAGAAGUCGGCAAGGUGACGAUGGUAGUGCCUUCGAUGAUGGCGUUUAUAGCAACUAUCGCCAACCGCACAGUAUAGGUGGCAAUGUGGCGUAUGCAUUCAAUGCAUUGCAACUACCAUCGGCUGCUACGCUGGCGGCUGCAUCAGCUUACAGCCUACCCGAUGGCGGUGAUGCGUUGUCGGUGAAUCAAUUGCAACGCAGUCAAAAUUACAAAAUCAGUCAGAAGCCCUGCUCGAUUGGACGCAUCGAAGGCACCUGUAUGUUCGUGUGGGAGUGCAUCAAGUCCGAGGGCCGACAUGUGGGCAUGUGCGUGGACUCGUUUAUGUUCGGCUCGUGUUGUGCACACAAUUACACAGAUAAUAUUGUAAUGCCGCAAACGUUCUCUUAUACGCGGCCCACAAAACCGCUCGGUAUUGGCGGUCUGAAUCAUAGACCACGACCGCCGCAUCAGCCCCACAAGCCGAGCAUUAGUGGCAUGACUACCAUCGAACGACCGCACGGCGCUGGAACGCUGGUCAUACGCCCCUCUGGGCCGCACCAUCAGGGUGCGUUGCAUAAGCCACAAUAUACGAAACCCUCCUCGUUAAGCAGCACGACAUCGUUCUCGACGUCUCCCUCAACAACGAGCAAAACAACAACAACCACUUCAACGGAGAAGACUAAUGCGCACUGGACUUCGAACGCAGUCCUGUUGGACAUGCAGUCGGCAGCGGCUACGUCGACGGUAACAGCGUCAAAUCUCUGGCAUACAUCACCCCAACUGACAGCCGCAACGCAACACCAUUGGCACAUAACGACUGAGCCGAAUUUUAUUACCAAACCACGGCCGCCCAGCUGGGAGAAACCGACCGGUAUGCGUCCCUCGAAGCCAUCAAAACCAACAAAGAAGCCUAUCUUGCCGCAGCCACAAUUGCCCAGCUUCCAACUGACGCAGCAACAGCAGCAGCACACAUCGCCGGUUAUUGUGUUCACGACGCGAAGGCCAAUGCCGUCGACGUCAACGCAGUCAGUGUCUACUAAACCAUCCUCCUUGCCUCCUGCAUCAUCACCGAACACCGCGUCAACAACACCAAUAUCGGCGUUGUCGUUGACGCGACCAAAGCCACCGUUCACCUCCGCUUCCGCAGCCUCCACUUCAUCCUCGGCAGGCAUCAAUUCGCAGCAGCAACAGCACCAACACCACCAGCAUCAACAAUAUCCACAAUAUCAGCCGCCGCCUAUGUAUGCGAAGCCACCAACGAAAGUGCCUGCCACAACACUGGCGAGCACCGCCGGCAUUGGCAGCGCUACAUCAACUACUACAACGACAACAACAACAACUACAAUGCGUAUACCGUAUAGUACGACGGUGAAAACGACAACGCGUCCUUACACGCGCCCAACCACGCCCAGCUGGGUCAUUAGCGAAAGUGGUGUGCCCAGCAGCAGCAGCAGCAGCAGCAGCAGCGGCAGCAGCGGCAGCAAUAGUGGCAGCGGUGGUGGCGACGCAAUUUAUCCACUGCAAUCUACUACAAAGAAGCCAACAACAACAACCAUAAUGACUACAACAACGCAAAAGAAUAGACCAACUUCAGCGUCUUCUUCCACAUCAUCCGCAUCAACAUCGCACAGUGGCUCCACGACGAUACCCAUCCGGCCUACGUAUCGCCCCACAUGGUCCACAGCAUCAACAGUGGCGCCCACGCGUCCAAGUUCUUCCACAUCAGCAAUAACUUCAUCAUCAUCAUCAUCAUCAUCAUCAUCACCCUCAUCCACUUAUGUCACCACAUCGCAUUAUAUGCCUCCUUAUGGACAUUACCCACACCCGCAGCAAUCACAUCAACAACAUCACACAUUGUCGCCACACAAUCUUACGACGAUCGAAUCGAAUGAGAUCUCCGAUAGUUUGACAGAUAAUAGCACCACUCUCAAAAUCAUCACUGCGGCACGUAGCGAAUGUGGCAUACCGGUUUUGGCGCGUCCGGAGACGCGUAUCGUGGGAGGUAAGAGUGCGGCGUUCGGCCGUUGGCCGUGGCAAGUGUCGGUGCGUCGCACUACGUUUUUCGGUUUCUCGAGUACGCAUCGUUGUGGGGGCGCGCUGAUCAAUGAGAACUGGAUCGCUACAGCGGGGCACUGUGUCGAUGAUCUCCUCAUCUCUCAAAUGCGGAUACGCGUCGGUGAAUAUGAUUUCUCACACGUGCAAGAGCAGUUGCCCUAUAUCGAACGGGGUGUGGCCAAAAAGGUCGUACAUCCCAAAUAUAAUUUCUUCACCUACGAAUAUGAUUUGGCAUUGGUAAAAUUGGAACAACCGGUGGAGUUUGCGCCACAUGUCAGUCCCAUAUGCUUGCCGCAAACGGAGAGUUUAUUGAUUGGCAUGAAUGCCACGGUGACCGGUUGGGGACGUCUCAGUGAAGGCGGCACGCUGGCGUCGGUGCUGCAAGAGGUGUCUGUGCCGAUUGUGAGUAACGGCAUUUGUGAGUCAAUGUUUGCGCGCGCCGGUCGUCAAGAGUCGAUACCGGAUAUCUUCGUGUGUGCGGGCUAUGAGAAUGGUGGACAUGAUUCGUGUCAGGGCGAUUCCGGUGGACCGCUGCAGGUGAAAUCCGCAGAUGGCCGCUUUUUUUUGGCUGGCAUCAUCUCGUGGGGCAUUGGCUGUGCUGAGGCGAAUUUACCAGGUGUGUGCACGCGCAUCUCACGCUUUGUGCCCUGGAUCAUGGAGAAUGUGUCGUGA